UCCGGUGACGUCACGGCGCGCGCCGGAAGCGGAGGCCGGAGCGGGCAGCGGCGGAGGGGGAAGCGAGAUGCCUGUGACCGUGGGCCCGUACGGGCAAUCGCAGCCCAGCUGCUUUGACAGAGUAAAGAUGGGUUUCAUGAUGGGCUUUGCAGUGGGCAUGGCAGCAGGAGCGCUGUUCGGCACGUUUUCCUGCCUCAGGAUUGGCAUGAGAGGACGAGAGCUGAUGGGAGGAGUUGGCAAAACAAUGAUGCAAAGUGGUGGGACGUUUGGGACAUUCAUGGCAAUUGGGAUGGGAAUCCGCUGCUAACGUGGAGCUUGGAGCACCCCUGUCCAGCCACCCCUCCCUCUGUACCUAAUAAAAUCUUUAGAUGCCUGGAAGUGAGAGCUCUUCAUGAAAUGGUGAAGCACAUCCUCCUCACGCUGCUGAUUGUAAACAUGCUUUUUACCAAAUUUCUACUUUCCUCCUGUGACAAUGAGAACUAAUAAUCCUUUGUACUACAUUAAAGUUCCUAUUUCACAGG